AUGACAACUGGAAAGGCUGAAGCAAAAGCAAGCCAAAGUGGCUCACGUUCUCAGGUUUCAGGAGGGAGGGUUGCUGUUUUGAUGAUGAUGGCGGAAGAGAGUAUAUCACUCUCCAAAGAUCCUGAAGACUCUGGAAAAUCUACACCCGAGACCCCCACGCUUAAAGACUUAGAAGAGCUCCUGAAUACUGGGAGGCCCUCCUGUAACCAUGCUGAUGAAGUAUGGCCUAAUCUUUUCUUAGGAGAUCUUGUUAUAGCCCAUGACAAGUUUGGUUUAUGGAAAAUGGGCAUUAGUCAUGUCUUGAAUGCAGCCCACGGAAACAUAUAUUGCAAAGGAUCCCACGGGUUUUAUGGUGAUACUAUUGAAUACAACGGUGUACCAGCACACGACCGGCCUGAUUUUGACAUAAGUCCAUACUUUUAUCCAGCUGCAGAAUUUAUACACAAAGCCUUGGCUACACCAGGAGCUAAACUCUUGGUACAUUGUGCUGUUGGGAUAAGCAGGUCAUCUUCUUUGGUGCUGGCAUAUCUCAUGAUAUAUCAUCAUUUGUCUUUGGCCGAAGCAAUUCAAACAGUGAAAAGCCAUAGAUGGAUUUUCCCCAACCAUGGAUUUUUGAAGCAGCUGAGAAGUUUGGACAUUCAGUUAAGGGGAAAAAACUCAGCAAAAGGCGGGGGAGAUCUUGAUUGUCAGGAAAAAAUGACAUUUAGCCAUUGAAAGUUUCCACUAUUCACUGUUGUUCUUUUUUAUGUUCCAGUUACUAAAAACAACACACAAUUUAUGCUGGUAGCUAUAUUCACAAAAAUAAUGUUGAUUAAUAACAUUUAUGCAAAAGCUGUUAAGUGUGUGCCAUUUUUUCCAGGCAUUUGUCACAAAAACAAUAUUAGUAUGUUUUUGUUUGUCUUGCAAGAAAUUAGUAGGCUUGCAAGAAAUUGGUAGUGAUUAGCCUAAAAUCACUACCAUUGGAAUACAUUGACAAGACCAACAACAUGUGUUGAAUCAUUUUGCAAUAUGGAUUUACUUCCAAUAAUCAUGAUGAUGUGGAGAAACCUCUUUGCUUAAUUUGUAAUGACGUUUUGGUUGCACAGCACACGAAACUAAACAGCCAAACUAAAAUGACAUCUUAAGUCAAAGGAAUAUUUUGAAUGACUUCUAAAAGCUUCAAAUAUAUAAUAAAAUGUUUAGAGAAAUGUG